AUGAGCGGGGAGGUGUGCGUUCAAGCGUUGCAGAGGCUUCGACAGACGGGUUCUUUCACGCGCCUUGUUGAAAAUAAGUACAAGGGAGGGCCGUCUAAGCGAAUCGUCGUCGAUUUCUCUUCCCCCAACAUCGCCAAGCAGUUUCACAUUGGAAACCUGCGUUCGACAUUGAUUGGAAGAUAUGUUGAUCAGGUGAACAGAGUGAUGGGUAAUCAAGUGACAUCUGUGAACUAUUUGGGCGACUGGGGUACUCAAUUCGCGAUGAUCGCUGCGUUCUGGCCUCAAAUGAAGCCAUCCGACCAGUACUGGAACUCACUUUCUGAAGUAGAAAAGAUUAAGCAGCUGACAGAUUGCUAUGUGGUUGCAAACAAAAACAUGAAACUAGAUGAGGAGUUCAGAGCCAAAGUUUACGAAACGUUCGUUUCAAUGGAAAAAGCAGUGACGGAGGGUAAUUAUGAGAAUGAUGAAAACAUGAAACUAUGGAGCCAAAUAAGGCAAAUAUCAAAGGAACAUCUCACUGGAUUCUAUAACACAUUUGAUGUGAAGUUCGAUGAAUGGCUGUGUGAAUCGAGUCAAGUACGAAAAGCCCAUCAAUACGCCCAAGAGCUAAUUGACAAAGGAUUCACAGAAGACUUGGAUGGCAGAACCAUAAUUAGACUUAAAGACGGAGAGACGGAGAAGAAGAAACUCGAUGGAGUCAACUAUGCAAUUCUACGAAAAAGCGACAUGUCGAGUCUCUAUUUAACCAGAGAAAUUGCAGCGAUUCUUCAUCGAGAUGCCACGUUUCAAGCUGAUCGAUACUUGUAUGUUGUGGAUCGUGCCCAGCGGCCGCAUUUCAAUGCUCUUAAAGUAGUUCUGGAGAAGCUCGGGCGGUCGGAUCUUGCUGAGAAAAUCGAACACGUUCAGUACGGAAGGGUGCGAGGGUUAUCCACGAGAAAUGGAAGAACAGAAGCUGUCGGAGAGAUCGUCGAACGAGGAAGAGAACUAGCGUUACAGUUUAUGAAAUCGUCGAAAACUUUCUGCAUGGAUCCGUCCGUUGAAGAAGAUAUCGCAGAUGUCUUAUCCAUCUCUACAAUCGUAUUCAACGAACUGAAAAGAGCGCGUAAUUCGGAAUACGAGUUUUCCUUUCAAAACGCAUUUGCAUUGAAUCAAAACAACGCAUUGGCUCUACAGAUGAAACAUAGUCGACUGUCAUCGAUUGAAGACAAAAAUCAACACCUUCUACCUCUAGUAGAUUCAUGCACCAAGUUUCCCGUUGACGAUACAAAUGACGAUGUAAAAAGAUUGAUGAGAUUAUUAAAAGAUCUUGAAGAAUCAGUUGAAUUGAGUGCUCAGAAGUUGGAAGCUUGUCAGCUGACGGUUCAGUUGAUUCAUGUGGCAGCAGCAGCUGGAAGUGUUCAAAAACAAUUGCGAGUUAAAGAUCAACGAGAUGAGAUCGCCGUUCCACGCCUUCUCCUCUUCUCUGCCGUGCGAAAUGUCCUUGCCGAAGGUCUGAAACUUCUCGGAAUGACGCCAGCUCGUUCGAUGUGA